AUGUCAGCCCGCGACUUUCGGCCAAGCGAUCCCCAGCGGGCCUCCCUUCCAGCCGAUCUCACCAGCCUAUCUCAAAGGUUCUCUCCGCUCUUCCAAACCAGGAAACCCAGAGCUUCGUCAAUCUACAGUCGGCCGAUCUUCCCUACUCCUAAUGUCCCUUCAAGACACAUCUCAACCUCAUCUACUUCAACCGCCGUCUCAGGAUCGACUGCACUUGCUUCGAAUAGCUAUACAGUCUCUUCUUUGGAUGUCAAUCUAGUCGCUUUCGAGUUACUGUUUGCUGAAAUCGUUAGGUACACUCAGCAACGGGUCGAUGGAAUCGGCGAGUUUGAAAAAAAAUUAAAUAUACUGGGAUAUCAAGUGGGCAGUCGACUUUUAUCAUUAUUAUCGCUACGUGAUGCACUAUCAGGAUCGCCGAAUGCAAUCAGUCUGAGUACCGGGAAGAGCAUCAGUCUAGGUGGUGGUUCGAUCAGUAGCGCUUCAUCAGCUGUCCCGAUCCGCUUGAUCCGUCUCGUGCCAGUAUUAAGUUGGAUUCAUUCAACCCUCUGGAAAACCGUCGUGGGAAAAGCUGCAGACGUUCUGGAACACUCGAACGAAAACGAAGAUGAAUAUAUGAUCUCUGAUAAUGAUCUACUGAUCACACGAGCAAUCACCAUUCCUAAAGACAUGUCACAACUUAGCUGUGGAGCUUACAUGGCCGGGAUUGUUGAGGGAGCAUUGGAUGGCCUUGGCUUUCCAUCCCGAGUCACUUCGCAUUCCGCCCCCUCACCACAAUUCCCCAAACGGACAACCUUGCUGAUCAAGUUUGAAAAAGCUUGUAUCGAUAGAGAGAAGACCUUUUCAACUUGA